CAGCCCCUUAUACCCCUGUGCGUUUCCAUUUGACCUCUGGGAUUUUGACCUUUUCCUGGCUGUGUUGAGCCAGAUUUACUGGGAGCGAUUCAUCGCUAGUCCCCAAGACCCCCUACGGCUGGGCACGGCAGCCCAGCCCAAACAGGUGCGGGGCUCGGGUUAGGGGGGGCCUGCAGUGCCGGAUUCGGAUUUGAAGUGAGGAGGAGUCUGGGAGGAGGGGCUAAGAAAUUGCAGAAGCAGUGUAAAAGCCGCUCCAAGCUCCUGCACGGCAGAGAGCGCCGGGAGCCCGAGGGGAGCGCAGCUUUGGAGUCCUGGCCCGUGGUCGUGCAGUCCAGGUGGCUGGAUGGCAUGCUGGACCCAAGCUCAGCUCAGCGUCCGGGCCCAAUAACGGCUUUUCCAAGGAAGCAGCUUUCAGUCCCGGCCACACCGAGGUGCAGAGCGUAAUGUCCAUGUUGUCCUACACUCUGAUCACAGCUCUUCUGAUCGGCGCCCAGGCAGACACGCAGGCAGAGAGCAAUGUCCCCGCAGGGCACGCCGUCCCCCAAGCCCACUGGACGAGCCUCCAACACUCCUUGGACACAGCCCUCCGCAGAGCCCGCAGCGCCCCAGCCCGGGCAAUAGCUGCCAGGGUGGCAGGGCAAAUGCGCAACAUCACAGUGGACCCCAAACUUUUUAAGAAGCGGCGACUGCGUUCACCUCGUGUGCUGUUCAGCACCCAGCCCCCACCCGUCGCUGCAGACGCCCAGCAUCUGGACUUCGAAGCCGUUGGUGUGGCCUCCUUCAACAGGACUCACAGGAGCAAGCGAUCCACGUCCCACCCCAUCUUCCACAGAGGGGAGUUCUCCGUGUGCGACAGCAUCAGUGUGUGGGUGGGGGAUAAGACCACGGCCACGGACAUCAAGGGCAAGGAGGUGAUGGUGUUGGGAGAGGUGAACAUCAAUAACAGUGUGUUCAAACAGUACUUUUUUGAGACCAAGUGCCGGGACCCCAACCCUGUGGACAGCGGGUGCCGGGGCAUUGAUGCUAAGCACUGGAACUCGUAUUGCACCACGACACACACUUUCGUCAAGGCGCUGACCAUGGACGACAAGCAGGCUGCCUGGCGGUUUAUCCGGAUAGACACGGCCUGUGUGUGUGUGCUCAGCAGGAAGACUGGGAGGCGAGCCUGACCACACACCAGCCCCCACCCACCCCCACCUCCCCUCCACACUCUUCUGGGCCCCUCCCUACCUCAACCUGUAAAUUAUUUUAAGUUAUAAGGACUGCAUGGUAAUUUAUAGUUUAUACGAUUUUUUAAAAAAUCAUUAUUUAUUAAAUUUUUGGAAGCAUCCUGUGCGCUGGCACUCCAGUCAUUUUCCCCAGGGUGACCAUCUGCAAGUCUGGGGUCCACGCAGGGUGCACUGUCCACAGCAGUGCCCCUCAGGCCUGCCUGUCACCCUCAGCCCACCCCUUCCGGCACUACAACUUCAGGGAAGGCUCACUGGUUUGAGCUGUUAGCCUAAACUGGGUGUGAUUAGGAAGGGAGGUCUGUGGGAUUGCAACUUUGUUCUGCAUUCCAGAGCGAAAGCUGCCUAAUCCUUGGAUUACCUGCCCCCCAGCCUGGAUCCACGAGCCUUGAUUGCUCCAUUUGGGAAGUUAGUGGGGCCUCAUCAGAAGGCUCGGUCCUGGAGCGACCGGCUCAUUCUCUGUAGACAGGAGGAGACUAGCACCAAGGACCUGUGAGCUGAUUUGCUUCUAACGGAUGAUCUUUUUGCUGAAAAGCUAUCUGGCAGAGCUGUAACAAAAUAAUCACAUGAGGCUUGUCACGGUAGAUCUGAUUUCAUGUUAAGAUUGCCCGAGUACUAAUGGCUGGUUCUCUGGUUUAUCCUCGGAGGCUCCCUACAGAAAGACUUCAUUACCCAAGGAAAUAUUAGGGCCUCCAACACUCUUGCUACCCGCUAAUGGGCUCACAGCAACUUCAAAUGUCAGCCCAGAUGCAGGUGAGCCAGAGACCUGCCCUGAAAAAUAAUUGAAAAUCUCUUAAUUCUAAUUGGGUGAUUUCCACAAGUGACCAAAGGUGGACAGGGUCAUGGGACCCUCAGAGAGAUGGUGGGGAGAGGAAAGACAAAGAUAAAUGGAGUGAAAGCC